AUGAUGAAGAGGAGGAUCAUGGGGAAAUUCAUCAUAGUGAUGUAUUUUGUUAUAGCUUUCGUUGGAUCAAGAGGAACAACAGCAGCAACGGCAAGGCUGAUGAAGAAGGAAGAUAUAGGAAGAAGGUUUGCUUUGGAGAAUAAGCUCCAACGAGGUCCGGUCCCUCCUUCACAGCCUUCUCUAUGCCACCACAAACUAAACCCUUUUUCUCGUUCAAAAUUUUAUUACUCUUAUGUUUCUUGCCCUUGA